ACUGCUUCAUCUCUCUCUCCAAAACCAAGGCAGUUUCCUCUCUAAGAACCAGACAAUUUCACUCACCUUAUUAACAUCUCCAUCAUCAAAUCUCACUGAAGAUCCAUUCCAAUCAGUCCAUUUCAUGGCGAUUCAAGCUUUCUGAACUUCCAGCUUUCUCCUUACGCUACUCGAAAUGGCAGUUUCCCUAACAGGCAUGUUAUUCUCUUACUUCUUCUUCUACGCACUUACUUUUUCUACCGUUUUAGCUGUUUUAGGAUCGGAUCCAGUAAUAAUUCCUCCAUUGAAUACGAACACAACCGAACUUAAUUCCACCGAGGUUUUGAAUCGGCAACAAGUUCAAUUGGAUAAGUUAGAAUCGAUAGUGAGAAAUCUUAGUCAGUUAGUGUCUAGGUUAGAGUCGAACUCUGGAGAAACUCCUACGAAGAUUGUUCCUCCUGGAGUUUCGGAUGGAUAUCCGUAUCCAGAAAUAGUUAGAUCGUAUAACAAUGAUCAAUCUACUCAAUCGACUCAAUCGGUUGAGAAAAUUAGAGUUGUAGAUGGAAAUCCACCCGGUGCUGUAUCGGUUACUAGACAUAAUCCGUUUUGGUCUGAGAGAUUUCAAUUUGUAUCUGCUGUUAAGUUGAAUUCAAAUGCUACAUGUAUUAACAUAUUGCCGUUUAAGGAUUUUGAUGGAUUGAGUAAGUAUAUUGCUGUUGGGAAUGAAUUAGGGAAAGUUUAUGUGAUUCUUAGAAACGGUGAAGUUUUGAUAGAUUUCAAUACAACUUCUGAUUCGCCUGUUACUUCUAUGUUAUCUUACAUAUCUGUUGGUAAGAACGAAACUGUUUUGAUCACUGGCCAUAAGAAUGGCUUGAUUCAUGUUCAUAGAGUGUUUGAGGCUUCGACGGUGGAGGAAUGGAGUUCGUUGUCGAUGAAUAAUGUCGCGAAAUUCGAUUCUCCUCCUGAAAUUGUGGAUGGUGGGAUGGAGAUUAACAUGUUGGAAUUGCAUUAUGUUGGGAGAACUAAGUAUAUUUUGUCUACUGAUGUUAGUGGGACGAUUAGAGUGUUUAGGGAAAAUGGAACGGUUUAUGGAUUAGCUGUUCCUACUAGUAAACCUCUAGCAUUCUUGAAACAAAGGCUUUUGUUCUUGACUGAAACCGGGGCUGGCUCGAUCGAUUUAAGAUCCAUGAAGAUUAAGGAGAACGAAUGCGAAGGAUUGAACUAUUCUUCUCCCGCGGUAUCCUACACAUUCGAUUCAACCGAUCGGUCGAAAGCUUACGGAUUAACCACCGACGGAGAUUUGAUCCACAUUAUGUUAUUAGGCGACGUUUUGAACUUCAAAUGUCGAGCUAGGGUUUCAAAGAGGAAAAUUGAUACGAUAAAGCCGAUCGCGUUACAAGCAAUCCGAGGCUAUUUGCUCGUGGUGAAUCCCGAUAAGGUGUUCGUUUACAACAUUUCGUCUCAACAUUACGUUAGGUCGGGUGGGCUGCGCUUACUUUUCGCGGCGGGGAUCGAUGAGGUACGAUACUCGUUUCCUCAUUUCGAUAUUAACGAUACUAGGAAUUCAAUCCCUUUAAUCGCUAGCGAUCGCGAAAAGAUGAUCGUUUUGAGUCUAGGUGGCGGUUAUGUUGGGACGUUUAGGUCGAACCUUCCGGUGGCUAAACCGGAGUCGAAUACUAUUCUUUGGACGAGCCCAAUUUUAUUCUUCGUUCUUUUCUUGUUCGCGGCUUGGUAUUGUUUCGCGAAGAAGAAAGAAGCGCUUACUUCGUGGGGACCGGACGAUCCUUUUACGACAACACCAUUAAGUUUCCCGGAUUCGACUUCUUCUACAAGAGGUGAAGGAGGAGGAGGAAUAAGAGGUGGUUCGUCGAGAAGGUUUGCAUCUCCUACUAGGUUUUCGAGUGGGACAGUUAGUCCUUUUAGGUCUGGCUCGGGUGAGAAUGGUUCAAGGCCUGGUCCGGUUACCGCAAAUGAACCUAACUUGGGGCCGAGGGCGGGUGAAUUGAAAUUUCGUGGGGCGAAUAUGGAGACUUCGGGUUUGCAGAAAAGAAGGGAGAGUUUGUAUGGGCAUAAUCCGGUUGCAGAGAACAAAGAUUGAAUGCGCGAGAUCGAUUUCGAUUGUCGGGUUUUAGUUUUCAGUUAAUUUGUUGUAACUUUUGUUUUUUUGUAUGGAAGUUGAUAGUUUAAGGGAGUUUUAAUUGAUGUUAUGAGAAUAAUAAUGAUAGAAAUAUAUUAUGGGAUGAACUUAUAAUUGAUUUUUGUUUGUAUUA